AUGUCCAUCUCGCGUGUCAUGGCGGAACCCCACUCGGAUACCCGUCGAACCGUCAAGCUGGACCUUCACACCGACGCUGACAAAAGCGUUUCCGCGAUUGUACACGAGGACCUUGAUGGCGGCAAGUCCGUCCACAACGACUUGGGCGUGCUCACUACCCUCCGCAAAAUCAACGAGAAGAUUGGUCCCGCCCUCGUCGCCCAGAACUUUGACGUGACGCGGCAGCAAGAGAUCGACCAGUUCAUGCUCGCCCUGGACGGCACCGACAACAAGGGCGAAGGCCUCUUCCGCGAGCUCACCACAAACAACACCUGGAUCAUCAUGUUCUACACUACAUGGUCGCCCGACUGCCGCCACGUCAACCCGAUCUUCGCCGAGCUGUCGCAGCGCUUCGAGCUGGCCAAGCUCAAGUUUGGCAAGCUGGACAUCGAGCGAUGGGCGGCCGAAGGCGAGCGUUUCCGCGUCAACGCCCACCCAACCAGCCGGGAGCUGCCCACGAUUUGCGUGUUUGAAGAUGGAAAAGAGAUCCGGAGAAGGCCGCUCGUCAACGACAAGCACCGCGCAAUCCCCUUCGUCUUCAACGUGGACAACUGCGUGCUCGAGUUCGACUUGAUCAACCUCUACAACAAGUGCAAAGACACCUCCAAGUGCAAGCAACCGGCCGCCAAAAAGAACGAG